CCACUCCCCCCUCUUUCUUUCUCUUUAGUCGCCAAAAUGGGCCCCGCUUAACUUUUCAAAAUUCCAAGUCUAAGCAUUGAACAAUGGCAACUGGCAAGUGGCAGGCAUCCCAUCCUUCCACAUUCCACCCAUCCUCCUGCCAAUUUGGCACCGUUUCUGCCUACUUUUUUUGUUGUACACACUCCUCACCAUUUACUCCUCUUUUAACUAAUUCUCACAUUUCUCUUAAAUCCCAAUUCCUCCGGAACCACUACUUCCAAUACCUCAUCAACAAAUCCACCUUUCAAUAUUCAAUUUUUUAUUUUGAAUUUUGAAUUUUGAAUUUUGAAUUUUCUCAUCUAAAUCAUGAACUGAAAUGAUUCUGGAAGUUGGAUUUUGAGCUGAAGUUGUACUGUUUUAGAGGUGGAGAUUAUGGAGGUUGGAUUAUUCCAGAGGAAUGUACAGUCAGAAGAAGAUACGGUUGAAGUUGAUGCUGAAUAUGAUAAUCUGGGCACUGAAGGUGAAAGAUGUGGGAUAUGCAUGGAUGUUGUCAUUGAUCAGGGAGUUCUGGACUGCUGUCAGCAUUGGUUUUGUUUUGUCUGCAUUGAGAACUGGGCUUCUAUCAUAAAUCUUUGCCCAUUGUGUCAGAGCGAAUUUCAAUUGAUCACUUGUGUUCCAGUGUUUGACACAAUUGACAGCAACAAAAAUGAUGAUGACUCAGAUUUCAGAGAUGGUGACUGGCGUGUUGAAGGGAAGGACAACACACUUUCCUUUCCAUCAUAUUACAUUGAUGAAAAUGCAGUGACUUGUUUGGGUGGAGAUGGCUGCAAAAUACGGAGUGGUUCAGUGACUUAUGAAGAAACAAUAACUCAUGAUACUUCCAUUGCUUGCGAUUCGUGUGAUACAUGGUAUCAUGCUUUUUGUGUCGGAUUUGAACCCGAAGGCACAAGUGUUGAUUCAUGGUUGUGCCCUAGAUGUCUAGCUAAUGGAGCACACCAGAAGUCUCACUUCAAAGAAAUGUAUAGUUUGGGAAAUGAUGCUGAUCCUCAUCAAAGGAAUGGCUGAAUUUGAGUACCACUUUCUGGAGUUACACCUCUGGUUGGAUGUCUAGCUAAUGAUUAAUGAGUAGAUAGGAGACUUCAAGGAAAUGUACAUUAGUAUAUAUGCUGAUCUGCCUUCAAACUAACUAUAUUAUUUGCUUGGAUCUGAUGUCUCAAUGAUCCUGGUUGUGCGAGCUUAAUAUAGAAAAGAAAGUGGACUCUGUAUCACUUCCUGGAUAUACACUUCUGGUUGGAGAAUAUGAAGAGCUAUAUGGUCCAGGCAAGGAGCCGGUAAUCCAACAAUUAUCUGAUUUGGUUCCAGUCGAAAAUUCAGCUUUGUAGAGUGCCAAUAAUUUUGAUGUCAGGUAUCGUUUACAAGUAUUGUGGUUUUUUGAUUGUCUUCACGGAAUUAAUGCUGAGACAAAUUCGUCAAACUCUUCUGAACCUAAACGAAAAUUGGAGAAGAGAAGAUUAGUGAUGUGAAGAUUGAUAAGAAAAGCGAGCAAGCUGACUUUUCUUUAAAAGGUUGAAGCUUAUACACCAUAAACGAGCACAUCAAGGCACUCUGCAAAACCGGUGUAUUAACAGUGGAACAAUAUCGAUGGACAGUGAAGAAAAUGGAGAAAACCAACCGAGAAGGUGAAGAAGCAGCUGGAUGAACUGAACAACUCGUUGAGACGGAUAAGCACAAGAAAAUAAGUAGUUUUCCUUCCAAUUUAUGUGAACUAAUUUAACAAAUCUCCUAUUCUUUUUCUUGUACAUACGAAUUGAUAUCAGCCUGAUCGCGUUCUUGUCUUUCAUGUUAAAUUGACUAAAUCUCUAACCAAGCAUGUAGAGAAAGAAACUGUAAGUAGAUGCUUUGUCCAAUUUUUUUUGACGGGUUGUGGAUCCAUGUUUAUUUAUGUAGCAUAAUGCUUGGAUUUCUUUACAUCCUUUCCAUCUGAAGUAAAGAAUAUAGACUUAAUAGUUAGCUAUAAAUACAAAAGAAUGCAUGUGAGUUGUGUCUC